AUGGGCACAAUUCAAAUCUUAGACGGUGGGCUAGGCACCUCGCUCGAGGAUACCUACAGUGUUACCUUCGACCACUCCAAACCUCUCUGGUCGACCCAUUUCCUCGUCGAGGGGGAAGAAACGCUACUAUCUUGCCAGCGGGAUUUUGCGGGGGUCGGGGUGGAUAUUCUGCUGACUGCGACGUAUCAGACUUCGAUAGAGGGAUUCUCUCGAACGAAGACCGUCGACCACCCGAAUGGGAUCUCCAAGACGGCGAUUGGACCUUACUUGCAAAAGGCUGUAGAAAUCGUGGAGACGGCUCGGGUCCACGACUACACAAAAUUCGCAUUGAGUCUAGGUCCCUAUGGCGCAUGCAUGAUACCUGGCCAGGAGUAUAGCGGCGAUUACGACAGUGCUCACAGUUCGGAAGAGUCACUCUACUGCUGGCAUCUGGAAAGGUUGCAGCUGUUUACCAAAGUCGAGGGUCUAAUCAAACGGGUGCAGUAUGUCGCAUUGGAGACGAUCCCAAGACUGGACGAGAUACGUGCCGUGAGAAAGGCCAUCAAAAGAUCCGGCAUAGACUUGCCGUUUUGGAUUACUUGCGUCUUCCCCGGGGAAGAUCUUUCUCUGCCAGAUGGUAGCUCUGUUGAUCAAGUAGUCAAGGCAAUGGUCGAAAGGACGGAAGAUGGUGCGGCACCAUGGGGAGUAGGACUCAAUUGCACGAAACUUCACAAGCUGCCGGCGCUUGUUGAAGCCUUUGAGCAAAGCCUACAGGGACUGAUAGAUGCCGGAUAUCUACAGUCAGUACCGACGCUGAUGCUGUACCCGGACGGGACACAGGGAGAGGUAUACAACACCACGACAAAAACGUGGGAGAUAGUUGAGGGCCAGGAGAGUAAUUCUCGUGGGGAUAGUUCGUGGGCAGCUCAACUUGCAAAUAUUGUCAAGGAGUCUCAGGAUCGCGGGUGUUUUCAAAAUUUCGUCGUGGGUGGAUGUUGCGUUGGAGGAUUCUGGAACGUCCUGGCCAGAAGUGGCAUUUUUGGUCUGACACUAAGAACUCAUCGCACGGUCCCAUAUCCCACGACUCUGCUUACUGGAACGUCUGCACUGACCAUGAUGAAUCGCACUCAGAGUCCGCCGACGAUGGAGACUGUUAGUGACAUUGAGAAGAACCCCAGCCUCACGGCGGACGAGAAGAGUGAUCUUGCGCCACAGCUCAACAUUGGGGGUCAUGGUGCCACACAAAGACGACUGAAAGACUAUCAAGUGACAAUGAUAGGUAUCUGCAGCGGCAUUGGAACUGGCCUGUUUAUCGGAACAGGGAGCGCAUAUGCCAAGGCUGGCCCUGCCGGACUGCUCCUCGCUUAUACCGUUGUUGGCGCUGUGCUGUGGUGCGUUAUGCAGAGUAUUGCCGAGCUGGCCACUUUGAUCCCAACAGCUGGCUCAUUCCCUCACUGGGCGACUCGAUUCAUCGACCCAGCCGUUGGGUUUUCUCUGGCUAUUUCGUAUGGUUACUGCUUCAUGAUUGCAAUUGCUUCGGAGUGCUCAGCUGCGGCUAUUCUCGUUUCCUACUGGACCGAUAUGUCACCUGCGGUUGUCAUCACCGUUUCUCUCGUCCUGAUCCUGAUGAUCAACCUGCUUAGCGUACGCUUCUUUGGCGAAGCAGAGGUCAUCACCGGAUCCAUCAAGGUGGCCUGCUUUCUCGGCCUCGUCAUAGUCUCCAUUGUGAUCACUGCUGGCGGUGGUCCCAACCAUGAAGGGAUUGGCUUCAGAUACUGGCAUGCCCCGGGAGCGUGGACCAACUACAGGGGCAUUACUGGAUCCACCGGCCACUUCUUGGGCUUUUUGUCAGCUUUCGUUAACGCAAGCUUUUCCUUUAUUGGUGUUGAGACGGUGGUAAUCACGGCCGCUGAAUCUGUGAACCCACAUCGAGCCAUCCCCAAGGCUGCGAGCCGCGUCACGUGGCGAAUAGGGAUCUUCUAUAUUCUGGGCGCCUUGCUAAUCAGUCUGAUUGUUGAUCCUACGAACGAAAACCUCGUUUCCGGAUCUGGGAAUGCCAACAGCUCACCCUGGGUCAUCGCUAUAAGAACUGCUGGUAUUGACAUCUUACCUUCUAUCGUCAACGCCUGCAUCUUGGUUUCGGCUUGGUCUGCAGGAAGCUCAUAUUGCUGGGUCGGAUCACGCAUGAUCGUGGCCAUGACCACAGAUAGGCAGUUGCCUCAGGUCUUUGGCCGCGUCACCAAGAACGGCGUGCCUUGGGUCGCCGUCAUUGUUGCAUGGCUCUUCGGACUAUUGGCCUACUUGAGUCUCGGCACGGGUGGUGCCGCUCAAGCCUUUACUUGGCUUUUAAGCUUGAGCACAGUCGGAGGCCUCAUCGCUUGGGCUACCUUGUGUUUCUGCUAUAUUCGCUUCCACCGUGCCUUGACCGUCCAAGGCGUCAGCCGGGACAGCCUUCCUUGGAAAGGUCCAUUCCAGCCAUAUGCAGCUUGGGUUGGUUUCAUCGGCUCCAGUAUAAUUACUCUCAUAACGGGGUUUCCGGUUUUCCUUGAUGGAAACUGGGAUACCUCCAACUUUGUUGCGUCGUACGUCGGGAUACCUAUAUUCGUUGUGCCUAUCAUAGCUUGGAAAAUUUGGAAGAAGACAAAGUUUGUUCGGGCUAAGGAUGUUGAUUUAUGGUCGGGGAGGCUUUAG